AUGGAUUAUGAUGAAGAUGAAUUAAAUUAUCGUUCUGAAGAAGGAGAAGAAGAAGAAUUCCAUGAAGAUAAUUUAACCAAUGAAGAAUAUGAAUUAUUACAUCAAUUAUUACCAAAAUUAAAAUUACAAUUAAAGGAUUAUAAUGAUGAAAUUGAUGAUUAUAAUUUAAAAGAAUCUUUAUAUUAUAAUUAUUUUGAAUUAAAACCAACAAUUGAAGAAUUGAAAUCUAAAUAUAAAAAGAGUAUAGCCACCUCCACCCCACCAAUGUCAAAGCUAGCACAAUUAGCUAAAGCCAGAGCACAAAAGAGACAACAACAACAGCAAGAGGACCAAACACUGCCACCCGUAUCAGAUGACUCACAAUCAAAUCCAACUCCAUCAAAACCAAAUACAAAAUUAUCAUCAAUAGCAAAGAAUCGUGCUAAUCGUUCAAAUGAAUCUCCAUCACCUAUACCGAAAUCAAUUGCUAUAUUAGAUAGAUUAUCAUCCAGCUCAAACUCGCCUUCACCAACCCCAACACCGUCAACAAGACAUAUACGCAUACUAAAGAAGAAACCAAUAAAACCAACGACCCCGUCUCAUGAGACAUCGACAGCAUCACAAUUUCCAGAAGUGGAAAUGAAAGAUGUUGAAGAAGAACCAAUCAUACCAGAAAUAAUAUUUGAUAUAACACUUGAUAAUUCAAUACUAUCCCAGAAACCUUCGAAUUCAAUUUCUUUAUUUUGGUUCAAUGAGGGAGGAGAACAGCAACAGAUUAAAAGAAGGAAAUUACAAGAUGAUGAUAUAUUCAAACAAAUUACUAACAUAAAUCUAGAAAAAAUCACUCAAGUGAAAGAAAAUUUUACUAAACCUUCACCGGAUGAUGAAAUCUUACAAGCUCAAAAACAAGCUUUUGAAGUUGACUUAUCAAAUUUGACCAUCUCCAACAAGGAACAACAACAGUCAUCAGAUCGAAAGAAAUCUAUAGUCAAAGAAACAAAACCAUUCAAAAAGAUCGACUUAGAAAAAGAACUUCGUACCAACCCUAACUACACCAAACCCCAUAAAUCAUUCGUUGUCAUUGGCCAUGUCGAUGCGGGAAAAUCCACCCUUAUGGGUCGAUUACUCUUUGAUUAUGGAAUCGUCGAUGCCAAAACAGUGAACAAAUUAGUCCGAGAAUCGGAAAAGGCCGGAAAGGGUUCUUUUGCCCUUGCCUGGAUAAUGGAUCAAACUGAAGAAGAAAGAUCUCAUGGUGUGACAGUUGACAUAUGUGCCACAGAUUUUGAAACCCCUCUGACUAAAUUCACCGCAAUUGAUGCACCUGGACAUAAAGAUUUCGUGCCACAAAUGAUUGGUGGUGUUUCUCAGGCGGAUUUUGCUCUAUUGGUUGUAGAUACAAUCACGGGGGAAUUUGAAUCUGGGUUUGCAAUGGAUGGACAAACUAAAGAACAUACAAUCUUGGCCAAGAAUUUAGGAAUUGAGAAAAUUUGUGUGGUUUUAAAUAAAAUGGAUAAAGAAAAUUGGAAUCAAACUAGAUUUGAUAUUAUUAAGAACCAAUUGACGGAAUUUUUGACGGGACCAGAAGUGGAAUUUAAUGAAGACCAAAUUGAUUUUAUUCCAAUUUCGGCAUUGUCGGGGAAUAAUGUGGUUAAACGAGAUGAAUCAAUUGAUGCAUUGAAUUGGUAUACUGGUCCAACAUUGGGUUCAUAUUUAGAAAAUGUUGAAUUGGCUAAUAAAUCAGAAAAUUUAUAUACGGAACCAUUUUUCCUUUCAGUUCAUGAUGUAUAUAAAUCAACUGGCGAAUUAAAAGUUAGUGGAAAGAUCAGUAGUGGAUAUAUUAUGGCUGGUGAAACCAUAAUUUCGUUGCCUAGUGAAGAAUCCUUACAAGUGAAUACAAUUAAAGAAGCUAAAAAACCAGUUGAUUUUUCUAUUAGUGGUCAAUUGAUACAAAUGGCAUUUAAAGCUAGUCAGCUUUCAAAUGAAGCAGUUGAACAAAUUAGAAUUGGAGAUUUGAUUACAAAAUUAGGUUCCCCAGCUAGAACGGUUAAGAAAUUUAUUGUUUCUCUUCAUUUAUUUAAUAUGGAUAAACCUUUAUUAGUGGGGAUGCCAUUUAUAUUGUUUAGAAAUAAUUGUCAAGUUCCAGCUAGAGUUUCUAAGAUUAUUGAAAUAACUAGUGGGAAGAAGAAGAAGAAGUUAUUACAUUUAGUAUCUAAACAAACUGCAAUUGUGGAAAUUACCGUUGAUGAAAAUUCAUCAUUACCAUUAACCAAAUAUUCUGAUAAUAAGAUAUUAGGUAGAAUAGUAAUUAGAAGAGAAGGAGUAACUAUUGGUGCAGGUACAGUUGUUGAUUUCUAA